UGAACGAGUUCUUCAGUGUCAACUGUCAAGUGACCUAGCCAACUAUGUAACGAAGAUAAAAUUUCUAAUAAGACAAGGAAUCCACCAAGGUGCUGAAGAUAUGAAGUUCUGUUAGGUAAUUGCUAUUGUUAAGUGUCUGUUCAGGUAGGAUUAUCUGUUCAGGAGGAAUCCAAUACACUUCUGCCUAUUAAGGUAGGAUUGUCCUUCAUGGACAAUAAAAAUCGACACAUGCUAUUUUUUUAAUUAUUAUUUGAGAUGCCUUUGAUUGAGUGGUUUAUUGAUUUCAACAUAGGUUGGAGUAUCUAUUGGUUGGCUCAACUAUAGUUGGAUUUGGUUCUGGGACUGGGACUCGAGUUCUUCAAGAAAUCAAGUGAUCAUUCUGCUGUUGGUUUCUAUUUACAUCUGGCAGCUGCAAGUUUCCCAGUGCCAACUUAUAGUAAUAUAUGGAAUUCUUGUAGAUAGACUAAUUUUCAAUUGCUGAUUGGAGCUGCAUGAUUCAAUUUGUGUUGUUGUUGGUCCGCGGCAGUCUAGAAGAAAGCAACAAUACAUUCGGUGUUUACCUGGCUUGAUGGGGUGACUGAGUAUGCCUUUAGAAGUUUUAGGAUUAUUUCUAAACUUGUCCCUACAUGCAGGUCCCUAAGCUCACUCACUGCUUCUAGAUAUUUGGUAAUAUUACCGGAGGUAUAAUGGGAGAGGUGGCAGUAAUGCGCUCUGAGCCACUGCAGUUUGAGUGCAAUGAUAUGAAGCAUCUGACAGAGGGAGACACUUAUGCCACAGAUUCAAAUGCAGAGCUUGAUCAUAGGGAAGAAUCAAGCCAAUCAACUGAUCAUGAAAAGACUAAUGACUUGCGUGAGAAAGGAUACAUGGAGUACGGAUGUCAACAUUACCGGAGAAGAUGCUGUAUCAGGGCCCCUUGUUGCAAUGAGGUUUUUGAUUGCCGCCACUGUCACAAUGAGGCAAAAAAUGAUAUCAGCAUUGACCAGAAACUUAGACAUGACAUUCCGCGCCACCAAGUCAAACAGGUGAUAUGUUCACUUUGUGGGACAGAACAAGAGGUGCAGCAGAACUGUAUCAAUUGUGGUGUUUGUAUGGGCAAAUACUUCUGUGAAACAUGCAAGCUCUUUGAUGAUGAUCAGGUAUCGAAGCAACAAUAUCAUUGCAAUGGAUGUGGAAUUUGCAGAACUGGAGGACGUGAGAAUUUCUUCCACUGCUACAAGUGUGGUUGUUGCUAUUCAAUCCUGGUAAAAGAUAGUCACCCUUGCAUUGAAGGAGCAAUGCAUCAUGAUUGCCCCGUUUGUUUUGAGUAUUUGUUUGAAUCCAGAAAUGAUGUCAUUGUUAUGCCCUGUGGACAUACAAUCCAUAAGAGCUGCUUGAAAGAAAUGAGAGAACAUUACCAAUAUGCAUGCCCUCUGUGCUCAAAGUCGGUGUGCGAUAUGUCGAAGGUUUGGGAGAAAUUUGACUUGGAGAUGGCUGCUAUACCGAUGCCUGAACCAUAUCAGAAUAAAAUGGUUUGGAUCUUGUGCAAUGAUUGUUGCAAAACAUCUCGAGUUCAGUUCCAUUUUGUGGCUCAAAAAUGCUUGAACUGCAAAUCCUACAACACACGACAGACCCGAGGCGGAGACUGCUGAAGCAAGUGGGGGGUAUAUUUCUAGUUGAAGUCUAAAUCUGAUUUCACUUGAGAGUCCUGUGAAAACAAAAUGUCAAGUGAAGAAGUAAUGCACUUUGUGGGAAUUGGAAAAUUGCAUGCUGAUCCAAUAUUCAAUAGGAAGGACAAAUUUAUGCCUAGGGGAAUGAUCCGAGU